AUGCCUCAUGUUAUGUUAAAUGAAGUCGACAAACAAUCCAUGUUGCGAACCUUGCAGAGCGGGCGAUACCUGAGUGUGAGUUUCUGUUCAUGGAAUCUAUAUGAGUAUCCCCUAUUACCAAGUACUACGAAGCAUUCCUGGGCAGUCAAGACUGCAACUCAACUAGAAAAACCGCGAUAUGUCAUUUUUGCUCUGCAGACUAAUAGGAAAAAUAUUGUGAGAGCUAACAAAAGAUACUUUGAUACCAACUUCGGUAAAGGCAAAUGCGCUCUCUUGUGUGACAUGUAUGCACGUUUUCGUCCGUUUUAUUAUCAACAUGAUAAAUGUUUGGAACCGAUGUUUGACGUAGCAGCAUUUAAAUCUUAUGCUAUGGCUGUCAUUGACUGCUCGCGACAAAACGAGUCUGUUAAGAGCGCUACCGUUGAUGUAAGAUUAGAAUUUAAAUUGAAAGAGAAUGCACCGGCAAACACUAGCGCCUACUGUCUCAUUAUACACGACCGCGUGAUUGAAUAUUUCCCAUUGACCAACGUAAUGCACAAGAUCAUGUAA